CCAAAAACAAAAAACAAAAAAAAGAAAGAAAAAAGACAUAAACGAAGACUUGGUCGCCUGAGGACUUUGUGGAUUUUUAUCGUUGGUGUUAAUGUCACCUCUUCCGAUUCGAAUCAAAUUAGGGUUUAUUUCCCAGCCAAAAUCCCCCUUUUCAUGCUCUUUGCAUUUGAAAGUUGUCUCCCUCGUCUCCUCUGAUUUUGAAAAUUUUUCUCCGGAUUUGUCUGGCUUCCUCCAUUGCUGAGUUUUCGAGGUUUUCUUCCCCAUUUCGUUGUAUUUGUGGGAACUAGUUGGGGACCGUUGUUUCCUCUACUCUCGCGAUCGUAAAUUGGACUGUGUAAAUCCCCUGUGGGGGAGAGUUCAUCAGCGGCGAGAUGAAGCUUCAGGUCCGAGUCUUAGAAGCGAGGAAUCUACCGGCCAUGGAUCUCAAUGGGUUUAGCGACCCCUACGUGAGAUUGCAGCUGGGAAAACAGAGGUCACGAACCAAAGUAGUGAAGAAGAACUUGAACCCCAAAUGGGCUGAUGAUUUCAGUUUCGGCGUCGAUGAUUUGAAUGACGAACUCGUCGUCUCUGUUCUUGAUGAGGAUAAAUACUUCAAUGAUGACUUCGUCGGGCAGGUUAGAGUUCCCGUUUCCCUUGUUUUCGAUGCUGAGAAUCAAUCUCUUGGCACUGUUUGGUAUCCUCUUAAUCCUAAGAAGAAAAGUUCCAAAAAGGAUUGUGGUGAGAUACUUCUCAAGAUAUGUUUCAGUCAGAAGAACUCGGUUCUUGAUUUGAAUUCUAAUGGCGAUCAAGCCUCUGCUUCGAGGAGCCCUGACUUGAGACUUGAAUCUCCUAUGGAUCCCUCCACUUGCGCCUCUCCUUGUAGGUCAGAUGAUGCUUCCUCUUCCAAGGACGACAAAUGUAACCCGCAGACAACUUUUGCCGGUCGAAUCACUCAGAUUUUUCAGAAGAAUGCUAAUGCUGCCUCACCUACACAGUCGGUUAGUAGGAGCAUUGACGCAUCUGACCCAUCUGAGACCUCUAGGUCAGUCUUUUCCCUUGAGCUAUCUGAGGAUGAGUCAUCUUCUGCUUCCUUUGAGGAACUUAUGAAGGCGAUGAAGUCAAAAGAUCAGGGAAGUGAACCUCCUAGUAAUCUACCUGGUGGGAUCCUUGUGGACCAGUUGUUUAUGAUUUCCCCAUCAGAUCUUAACAUUCUGCUUUUCUCAUCGGAUUCAAGUUUCUACACAUCGUUGACUGAAUUGCAAGGGACCACAGAAGUUCAGAUAGGACCAUGGAAAGCAGAAAAUGAAGGCGAGAGCGUUAAGCGGAUUGUAAGUUACCUCAAGGCUCCAACCAAACUUAUUAAGGCUGUGAAAGGCACAGAGGAGCAGACAUAUCUCAAAGCGGACGGAGAGGUUUACGCAGUUUUAGCAAGUGUUGCCACUCCAGAUGUCCCAUUUGGAAGUACCUUCAAGGUUGAAGUGCUUUACUGCAUCUCUCCUGGACCUGAGCUGCCAUCUGGGGAGCAGUGUUCCCGUUUGGUUGUUUCAUGGAGAUUGAAUUUUCUUCAGAGCACAAUGAUGAAAGGUAUGAUAGAGAAUGGAGCCCGACAAGGUCUGAAAGACAACUUCGAACAGUAUGCCAAUCUGCUGGCUCAAAAUGUAAAGCCUGUAGAUUCAAAGGAUAUUGGGGUGAACAAGGAGCAAGCUCUCUCUUCCUUGCAAGCUGAGCCUCAAUCAGACUGGAAAUUGGCAGUACAAUAUUUUGCUAAUUUUACUGUGUUCUCCACUUUCUUGAUUGGUAUUUAUGUAUUUGUCCAUAUUGUGUUUUCCAUACCCAGUGCAAUCCAAGGGCUUGAGUUUAAUGGCCUUGAUUUACCGGAUUCAAUUGGGGAAUUUGUUGUUAGUGGGGUUUUAGUUCUUCAGUGCGAAAGAGUAUUGCAAUUGAUUUCCCGUUUCAUGCAAGCAAGAAAACAGAAAGGUAGUGAUCAUGGCAUCAAAGCGCAUGGAGAUGGUUGGUUGCUAACUGUUGCUCUAAUUGAGGGGGUUGAUCUAGCAGCUGUAGAUCCAAGCGGGCAUUGUGAUCCGUAUAUUGUAUUUACUUCCAAUGGGAAGACAAGAACUAGCUCCAUCAAGUUUCAGAAAUCUAAUCCUCAGUGGAAUGAAAUAUUUGAAUUCGAUGCGAUGGCUGAUCCUCCUUCUGUACUGAAUGUUGAAGUUUUCGAUUUCGAUGGACCGUUUGACGAGGCUGUUUCAUUGGGGCAGGCCGAGAUCAACUUUGUGAGAUCUAAUAUAUCUGAUCUAGCGGAUGUUUGGGUUCCUCUUCAAGGGAAGCUGGCUCAGGCAUGCCAAUCCAAGCUGCACUUGAGGAUUUUCUUGGAUCAUACAGGAGGUGGAGAUGUUGUUAGAGACUAUUUAAAUAAGAUGGAGAAAGAGGUGGGCAAGAAGAUUAAUGUGCGAUCUCCUCAAACAAAUUCAGCCUUUCAGAAGCUCUUUGGUCUUCCACAAGAAGAAUUUCUAAUCAAUGACUUUACAUGUCACUUAAAACGAAAAAUGCCUUUGCAGGGUCGUCUUUUCCUUUCUGCAAGAAUUGUUGGCUUUUAUGCAAGCCUUUUUGGUAACAAAACAAAAUUCUUUUUCCUGUGGGAAGAUAUAGAGGAUAUUCAAGUGCUCCCUCCCACUCUUGCCUCGAUGGGUAGUCCCAUUAUCGUCAUGACUCUCAGACCAGGUAGAGGUAACGAAGCAAGGAUAGGCGCAAAGACACAUGAUGAGGAAGGCAGGCUUAAGUUCCAUUUCCACUCAUUUGUGUCUUUCAAUGUGGCUCAAAAGACGAUAAUGGCUCUGUGGAAAGCAAAAUCCUUGACUCCAGAGCAGAAAGUGCAAGCGGUUGAAGAGGAAUCAGAGCAGAAACUCCAAAGUGAAGAGAGUGGUUUGUUCUUGGGUAUUGAUGACGUGCGAUUCUCUGAGGUCUUCUCUUUGACUCUCCCAGUUCCGGUAAAUUUCUUUAUGGAGUUGUUUGGUGGGGGUGAAGUGGAUCGUAAGGCUAUGGAGAGAGCAGGUUGCCAAAGCUAUUCUUGCAGCCCGUGGGAGUCAGAGAAGGCUGAUGUGUACGAGAGGCAGACAUACUACAGAGACAAGCGGAUAUCACGUUACAGAGGAGAAGUAACAAGUACACAGCAAAAGUCGCUUGUGCCAGAGAAGAAUGGAUGGCUGGUGGAAGAGGUGAUGACCCUGCAUGGAGUUCCACUGGGUGACUAUUUUAAUCUCCAUCUUAGAUACCAGAUGGAAGAAACGGCGUCAAAACCAAAGACAACAUAUGUGCGAGUAUACUUUGGGAUAGAAUGGCUAAAGAGCACCAGACAUCAGAAAAGGGUGACAAAGAACAUCCUAGUAAAUCUGCAGGAUCGGCUCAAGAUGACAUUUGGAUUUCUGGAGAAGGAAUACAGCAGCAGCAAGGAACAUAAUAUAUAAAAAAGCCUUUGGUGUGAAAAUGGAGGACACGAAGUGAACUCAUUCCAGCUUGAAAAUGAGGUAUGUUAUUUGUACACAACACACAAGUAGCGAAAAUGAAGCGAGAGAGUGUAAAUGGAGGCGAAGCUCUAGUUAAGAAUUGCUAGUGUGUGAAACUUUGUUGAUUCUUUACAUCAUGUGCCAUCACUGUUUCUUUGUUGUUCGAAUUGUAUUGUAUUGUAGUAAAAAUAAAGCAAGAAUUUGUGAUUAUGUUGUCAUGUUGAUAUGCUCUGUAGUAGAAAAUGUUGGAAGCU